AUGGGUAAAACGGGUGUUGGCCGGCCAAAAACUCAGGCGGAGGCACGCCAGAAAGGGGUGGAAAGGGAAAUCAUUACACAAGCAAUUGUAGAACAUGUCCAAGAAGUUGAAAUAACAAAAGUUGAUGAGAAAGUACAACCAAAUAUGCCACGGGAGGUGAUACAACUGAGUCUGAUGCGCAAUGAAGAAUCAACUCCGGUGGAGAUGCUAUCUGAACUGAAAAAACCACCUGCAUAG